CCGGGAGAGGCCGAACUUCCUCCGCGCAGGCGCAAUCGCGGCGUGACUAAGAUGGAGGUUCGGGCAGCGCCGCCGCCGUUCUGGGCCGGGGGCCCGGCCCCGGGACAAACGUACAUCCCGAGGGCGUUGGGACAGACCGACAUCUUCCCGCCGGGCACCGGCAGCGCCCUGCCCGCCGGCCGCACCCUGACCCCGAUGGUGACCGGAACCUCGGUGCUGGGGCUGCGUUUCGCGGGGGGGGUGAUGUUGGCGGCGGACACCGUGGGCUCCUACGGCUCCCUGGGACCCAAACUGGGACCCAAACUGGGACCCAAACUGGUUAAACUGGGACCCGAACUGGGACCCAGAGUGGUGUAACCGUGAUCCAAACUG